CUGUAAGCCAUAGAUCAGGGCGGAUCAUGUGUUAAAGGAUUCGAGUUCUGAUUGGCCAAUGGAAUCAACGUCACAUGUAAUGCAAACAUGGAGGAGAGAGAAGCCCUGAAGAGGCAGAUUGAGCUUCUACAGAAUCUCAUCAAUAAACACAAGAGUAUCCAUGGAGACGCACCCUUUACAGGAGCCGAGCAGAGGCGCCCAGAAACUUCAGCAGCCACCAGAGGCUCGUCUGUUGUCCAUCGUGGCUCCAGAGUGAAGCCAUACGAGGCUCAGAACCGCGGAAGUUGGAGGCGGACGUACUCUCUAAAAAAUAAAAGCCCCCAGGGCUCGGGCACUUCCUCCACCUCCUCCUUCAGCCAUCAGUCCACUUCUCACAGCGUCCCUCUGCCAAGUCAAAGCAGAGGAGUGCCGACUAAUCCAACCAAAAGUGCUGCCUCACUGUUCCAGAAGAAGAAGGUGAGCGCGGCGGGGCUUCAGGGUGAAAAGAAAAAGCCAAGUCUGAGCCCAGUGAGUUCGUCUUUGCCUCACCAAGCUCCCAAGUGUCAGCAAACCGCUGAAGCUAGAGAUGUUUUAUUGCCACGAAAGAAGGAGAGGGCUUCCACGGAGGUUCCCCCCUCAUCCGAGGCCAACUCGUCAGCCAGUGCUCAAAGCAGCAAACCCUCCCUCUUCACCAAAACCACGAACAGUCGCCAGAACCAGAACCUUUCUGCUUCAGCUCCUCUCAAAGCUGCUUGCGCAGUUCCAGCUCUUCCUGAUCUCUCUGCUAAACGUCUAAGCGUCUCGUCUCGUAGCGGGUCCCACCCGGACUUCCAGAAAAAGUCAAAGUUCACCUGGGUAAAGAGUCAGGACUCCUUAAAAGACGACUCCAGGCAAACCUCUCCCCCCUUGAAGAAAGCUGGAGCUGCCACUGCAUCUGUGUCUGCGGGGGCUGCAGUGGUUCCACUCAGUAAAAGAACUCCCCCCAAGAAAGUAGCGAGAAAAUUCAGCCCAGUCAGCUCGGCUACUAAGAUCUCUAAGUACAAAUGGGUCUGCUCUGCCGGAUCUCAAGCGAGAGUCCUCCGGAAGCCCCCAUCCCCGAAAUCCCUGACCCCCCAGAGAUCCCUGGAGAAGGGGGAGGCCACCAGGAAGCUUAAACCUGCCUCCAACACUCCUGCCAAACUGAAGAAGGGCGCUUCGGGGAGCCUCUCGGUUUAUAACCGCUACAGGUGGAAGGCCGGAGUGCAGAGCCCCUCAGGGGCAGAAGGGGGCGCCGCAGCAGCAGCUCCUCGAAGAUCGGCCUUCCACUGGACUGCAGAGAAAAGCAGCAAAGGGAUGAAAGCCGGGCAUGCCCCCCCAGCUGCACCUCACCGGGCCUGCCCUCCAUCAGCCUCACCUGGGGGGUUCAAGCUUCGCAGCAGGAUGAAGAUUAUACGGAGGAAUUCCAGCAGUGGAGGGUCAGAGAGAGGAGGGGGCCAGUCAGCCGUGAAGUUCUCCCCACGGAGCCGAAUGCACGCCUCCAUCAGGAGGACGCCCUCCAGAGAGCUGGUGUCUUUCGGACGACACAAGCUGAGGCGGCUUUCCUCCACGACAUCAAGAACAAAUCCCUCCUCUUCCUCGCAUCGUAGCUCCGCCUCCCAGCGGGUGUUCAGGACGCGGUAUAAGAUCGUGACUCGCCCGGGCUCCAGCACCACACACACCCUUAACUACAACCCAGCUCUGUCCUGGCGGGCCAGGAGGAUCCAUUACGCCAGGGAGUCGCCUCUUAACCUGCACGUUUGCUCACAGCCAGAUGCAGACCAGACCCUCGUUCUGACCCAUGUUCUCUGA